AUGGUUUUGAAGCACAACAACCAGUUGCCUAACCAGCAUUUCCGCAAGCAAUGGCAGCGCCGCGUCAAGACCUGGUUCGACCAGGCUGGUCGCAAGAAGUCUAGAAGAGUUGCACGUGUCCAGAAGGCCACUCGCAUCGCUCCUCGUCCCGUUGACGGUCUCCUCCGUCCCGCUGUCCGCUGCCCUACUCUCCGCUACAACAUGAAGUUGAGAUCCGGCCGUGGUUUCACCCUCGAGGAGCUCAAGGAGGCUGGUGUCCGUGCCAAGGAGGCCCGUACCAUCGGCAUUGCCGUCGACCACCGUCGCCGCAACAAGUCCCAGGAGUCCCUUGAGUUGAACGUCCAGCGUCUCAAGGCCUUCAAGGCUAAGCUCAUUGUCUUCCCCCGCAAGUCCGGCUCCCCCAAGAAGGGUGACUCUGAGGCUGCUGAGAUUGCUUCCGCUGUUCAGUUCCGUGGUGCUAUCCUCCCCGUCCAGCAGGUUGCUGCCGCCCCUGAGGCUCGCGCUAUCACUGCUGACGAGAAGAAGCAGGAUGCCUACAUGAAGCUCCGUUACGCUCGUUCCGCUGCCCGUACCCUCGGUGCCCGCGAGAAGCGUGCUAAGGAUAAGGCUGAGGAG